UUGGUAAUUUCUAUUUCCUUUUUCUAGCAUGAGGAUUUUAUGGCUUUUCUAAUGUGGUGGCCUUCCCCCUCAAAUUAUCUCGUAACCGAGCCACUGUCCCGACUAAUGGGACUAUGAGGAGAAUUAUCACAAGGAAUCAUUUUCAAGUUUUUGGUGAUGGAAGGAAAAGCUGAGAGAUUCGUUGAUGUCAGUUUCUAUGUCAGUUUCUACAGUGUGAUACAGGUUUGUAAGAAAGUUUUUGGUGAUUGACAAUGUUAAUGAUUGUCAUAGUUGAUACUGCAAGUUUCAUGACACUUGCAUUAAGGUUUUAAAGGGACACUAGAGAAUGAGAGAAAGGAGCUCAACAUAUCCAUAUGGGAUAAUGCUGCUCUCAAUAUAAAUCUUUGAAUGAUAGGACAAAGGAAUAUAGCAUUGCAUCAAACAAAAGUGCAUGAAAUCAAUCUGUGGGACAUUGAGAACAAAAGAGUUUUCUAUAUUACAACAAUUACAUCUGGAGGAAAGGCUGCUUCGAGCAUCUUCAGAUAAUUGGUGUAUUAUAAAUAAUGGAACAAACCAACCUAAUAUUGUCAUGGGCAUAUCUGGGAAGCCUGAAGAGCUUGUUGAAGUUGAGCUGGUGCUUCAAGAUCAGGUUCCUGUGAUUAGAAGGUUUACUGGAGGAGGCACUGUAAUUGUUGAUGACAGGACUAUUUUUGUAACUUUUAUUUGCAAUAAAAAUGCUAUUCCUGGGCUUCAACCAUUUCCCCGUCCUAUUAUGUCAUGGACAGGUCAAUUUUACAAAAAUGUCUUUGAAGGUUAUGGCGAUUUUCAGCUUUGCGAAAAUGAUUAUGCAUUUGGUCUCCGCAAAUUUGGUGGAAAUGCUCAAUCUAUAACAAAAAAUCGCUGGAUUCACCACACUUCAUUUUUAUGGGAUUAUGAUGUCAGGAACAUGCAGUACCUGAAAAUACCUAAGCGAGCUCCUGAAUAUAGAUUGGCAAGGAAUCACACGGAGUUUUUGUGCCGAAUGAAGGAUUAUCUGACAUCAAGAUCAAUUUUUAUUGAAAGAACGAUCUCUUCUCUUGAAGAUUAUUUCUCAAUUAAAAGCACACAACUAGACUGUGUCAUUAAUACUAAUGAAGCAUCACAGUUGCAGACAACCAGAUUGUUAACAAAACAGGAGCUGGAGUAGGCACGCCCAUCCCAGCUCUGGAGCUUCCACUAGGAAAUAAGCGCAGGGGCACGCGGCGAGGCGGUGCGGUGGUGGUACGACUACGCUUUAUGGUUUUGUCUAUUUGAGCAAACUGUGUUUGGACAGUUCUUUCGAAAAGUCGCCACUGAAAUGUGUUUUUCACCUGUUAUGGUAUGGUGUGGUGACAGCUUUCUAGUUGUUGUUUGACUUAAAAAAAAAAAAAAUUAAA